AUGAUUGGUAAUCGUUUGGUCAGGUCAGUCAGCUCAAGGAACGUGAGGUUAUUAUCCAGUACUUCUUUCAGAUCAGGAGUCUGGACCCAGUCUCAAAAUAGACCAUCGAGUUUGAAAUUAAUUGAUUCCAAAACCUAUGAAGACAUAUUCAAUGGUAUCAACCCAGAAAAAGGGCCAGGCUCUAUUGCCAAGCCUGAAGAGCUGAGAGCAUAUCACUCGCCACACCAUAUUGAUGACACUUUCAAAUUGGCAUAUAAUGUGUUGGAAGCCGAAAGUGAAGAUUACUAUAAGCAAAUUGAAUCGUUGAAGGAAAGACUCAACAAAGUCCAAGAUCAAAAGGAAACUGACUUGAUAAAGAACCAUAUUGAUAAAUUAUUGAUUAAGGCUGAGCGUCAAAACCCAGAAGUGUUAUAUAAUAUCGAAUAUUUCCAAGAGAAAAUUGACAAGAAUCAACCGGUUUACAGAGAAUUUUUGAAAAACAAAUGGGAGUCUCACGAUUUGAUGGUAUCAAUGCAAAGAUUAGAACAAUUGUGUGUGAUUCCUGAUACAUUACCUACUCUUGACCCAAAAGUCGAGGUAAAAGUAAAAUUCCCUCAUAACGUGGAUCCUUCUUUCGCAGACUGGGUCACUCCAGGCGAAAUAUUGCCUAGUUUUGCGGUUUCCCAACCACCAACUAUAGAGAUUCAAGAAUUCGACAGAAUUGACACCGAACAAUUGUACUCCGUCAUCGUCAUAAAUCCAGACACCCCUGAUUUGACUACUAACUCAUUCAAAACUACUUUGCAAUAUGGUUUAUGCAAUGUUCCAUUAAAUAAUGUUGAUAAUAUUAUUAGCCCUGCUAAAUUAUUAGCAAAUGGUGAUAAAUACACUUUCAAAGAAUACGAGCCUUUAUUACCAGAAAAGAAUGCUCAAACGCAAAGAGCUUGUCUCUGGGUAUUCAGACAAUCAGGACCGUUGUCCUUGAACAGCAUUUCCUCUGACAAGUUUGAUGUCAGAGAAUUUACUUCAGAAAACAAUUUAACAGCCGUUGGUGCCCAUGUUUGGAGACAACAUUUUGACAGAAGUGUCAAUGAUUUAAGAUCUAAAUACGGUUUAAAUAAAGGAAGAGUCUUCCAUAGAGUUCGUAAACCUCAUCCACUUGUUGGCCUUGCCAAUUAA